AGGACCACAAGUUGCUAAGUGUAGACUCUCUUGUCGGUGACAAAUUAGUAGACUAGAAUUACUCAAUAACAUUAAACUAUGUAAAGAAUGGUCUCAGCAGUGAAAUUUGCAAGUGUUCCGGUACGUCUGUAGUCCAGUGGUAGGAUGCUCGCCAGCCACUGACAUGGUCAACGUUCGACUCCCGGACGACAUCUAGUUUAGUAGCCAGUUGUAAAUCCGAAGACGACGUCUGUGUGUGUGUGUGUGUGGAGGUUCAUUAUGAGGUAGCCGACACCACCCGUAAAAACUACAACUUCACAAGUAGAACCUCAGAGUUUGAAGCCCUAUACUCCACUUGAAAGGAAUGAAAAUAAGAAUAGCACGAGAUAUCGACAUUUAAGAAUGCGUUGUACUUACUUAUGAGUGAGAGGAUCACUGUAAUCUUUCGUUUACCAAAGUUUUGUGUCGAUGUCUUUUGUCUAUCAGUCACUGUAUUGACCCUCUUUGGUUCGAGCAGAAUACUUUUCGUGACCUUUACUUUGCAUACGGCUUGUUAUGUUACUUCUUCAUCAAUUAUAAUCUUGAUGUUUUUGUUUUCAGUGAUAUUUUUGUCCUUUGGUCGACUGUACUACUGCAGUUGUUGCAUAACUCUGUAUAUUUGUAUGAACUGUGAAGACACUAAAUGAGUGACACCAAAGAAAAUCCUUUCAAGCAUCCCAAGCGAAAAACUGAGUGCGGUGCUCCACGUCAGUUGACUAAUAAGGCGACAACUCAGAGACGUUACACAUCAUGUGCAAGAGACGAACCAAUUACUGUUGGUCGGUACAGUAAUCGAAUUGUAAAAAAACACCAAUCUUCUCCAAAAUCGGGAGCUAAUGUUUCAUUAACCAUAAAUGAUUCAGUAGCCUCAGCAAUUCCUUCAAACAGUCUGCAACAAACACUCGGGAUUUCAAAAGGAAACACUUCAGAUAAACAAGAGAAUCCACGUGCAUUUUCAGUAAUAUCAGAAGAAUUAAAUAGUAGUAGUGCCUCCACCACGUGCUAUGAUGAUAUAUCAUUGGCUGCAUACUCCCUGUGGUUGUUAUAUCAGCGUUGUACAUCCAGUUACAUUGUAAACAAAAUAGAAUCUGAUUACACAGAAAUUGAAAUAAUGUCCAGCGAGAUAAAACGUUUAUGUGAGAGGGUAACUCGUUUGCAUAAAGCGAAAUCAAAUUGGCAGGCUUGGUACGAGUCAGUGACAAAUUUACACAAAGAGUAUGACCUAUUAACAGAUUUAAUGAAAACUUUAAAAAUACCCGUGAAUGAUUCAGAGAUUUAUCCUGCGGAUAAAUCCUUGGAUAGUCACAAUGGUGGAUUACUUCCCAGGGUUCAACAAUUAACACUUGAGAAAUUCUCUCCACUUGUCUAUCGUUUACCUAUGAAAAGUAUUCACUUGGAUGAUUCAUACACUCAUAAGAAUAUAUUGUGUGAUCUACAGCAGAUCAGUAAUCUUUCACUUAAGUUUUCUACAAUUAAUGAAGACGAUAUUAGUGCCUUUGAAAAGUUGGCCGAUGAAAUUCAAAGUGUAGCUGUUCAUAUGGAGCAGAUGCAUCCUUUUAAUGUUGCUAAAUAUAAACAAUUAACUGAAUGUUUGAACACUUUUCUUCUUAAAGCAUCAUUAACCUGUGAAAAACUUGAACGUAUGUGGCUAGCUGAAUUGAAAUGA